CGAUGCCAUGGGGACAUUGACCGCCGGCGUACCCCGGCUGGCACAGCACUGCGAGCACAAGCUGCCCACCAGCUGUAUGCUAUGGGAUGCGCAUUGUUGUGCCUGUAUAGACGAACGCCCACAUAGCACUUCGUAUCGAACGUACAUUGACGGCGUCGGCUUCGUCGCCCGCGGCUUGCGAUGGCAGCGAUACUGCAGCAGCUGUCGAGCCUAUUGGGACCAUCGUAUUGCCGCAUGUGGCCUGCGCCCCGACGAGACUCGCAUACCAGAGCGACCAGAUCAGGGCGAUUUCCUUGCGCGGUGGUAUGAGUUCUAUCAGGGCUAUCGGCUGGUGAGCAAGGAUGAUGGCAGCGAGGAGCGAGUGGCCGUUCUGGGCGAGCCCUUGCGCGAAGUGUCGCCUGGGGUGCUGCCGCGGACGCUGGAAGAGCUGAGGGAGGGACGAGAACGCAGCGAGAUGGAAGAGCGCGAGCGGGCAGAGGCCAUCAGGCAGAGACAGGAACGGGAUUCCGUGCAGCAGGAGGCGCCCGCAGGACCAUCGCUCGAGGAGACGCUCGACCAGCUGUUCCAGGCGGCGAGCGUGGAAGAGGCGAACACUGCGCAGAGUGCACCGAGCCCUGCGCACCGGGUGGAGCAGCACCGCGAGCCACAUGCGGCUCCGCUACAACAUGUGCACGGACAAGCGAUGGUGCCGGCUGGAACGCGGAAUCGAGAAUAUCAGGCACGACGCAUUGCGGCCCUGCGGCGCGAACUGCACCGCAUGCGAAGUGGUAUCGAGAGGGUCAUUUCGGGUCUGCGCGACUUGGGUGAAGACGUGCCAGACCAUGGCGAAGCGUCCGACCGGCUGUCAGAUCUGGGACGAACACUCGAUAACAUUGCAGGCUCGGCACCGCAGGACGUUGCGAAUCGCGCUCUUGCAAGCGUCAAUGCCCUCACCGAAGGCACGGCCACCACGCAGACUGAUCGUGCAUUCGCCAGCUUGCAGGCUCGUGUAGAUGAAGCCCGACAGCACGUGGACGAAGCACGAAGGAGUCGUGAUCAAGCUGCCACCGAACUGGACGUGGCGGAGAGAGACUUGCGAUCAUCGCAAUCACGACUGAGGCAGCUGCAGAGCGAGCAGCGAACGACAGAGAAUUACACGCGCAUCUUCGGCACCCGCGAAGAAAUGGCUGCUCAAGGCGAGCAGUAUCAGAGUCCCAUCGGUGGCAUGUUUGAGAGAGCCUACGAGCGCUUUCGCACCGCCGAAGACGUACGCCGGGAGGAACGCACCCUAAGGCAAGUACUUGCGGACGAAGAAAGGGCGGGUGGCGAAGAUGUCGCGAGCCGUCUGGCAGAGCUGGAGGCACGCGAGCGAGACGUCUGGGGCGUGCCUCAUCCGCCUGGAUCGCAGCAAGAUCGUGGAAUCUUGCGCCAGAUCACGAUCACCCAUGAUAGGAACUCCACCUCACAGGCAAUAACAUCGAGCAGUCAGCCUAUCAGAGAGUCAGAGAGCGGCCUAGAGCCCCGGGGUGAAGAGGUCGCGCUGGAGCAGUACUAUAGCUUGCUUCGCCGCCAAGGGUGGAAUAGCGAAGCACGCGCGGCUGAGCCUGUAGAGCUUGAAGCUCCAAGCAACGAAGUGCCAGGGGAUCUACCGGAACUCCCGGCCGAUACUACUACCAUCACAAUCGUGGGGGGGCCACCAGGUGAGUCGCUCGACCCUGAGCCUCAUGUCAACAAUGAUCGCGGCCUCGACGGCAUCUUCAUUCUCACAGCACUGUCGAACAACGAAUCUCUACGCUCAAACUUGCUCGGCAACCCAACGGUGAGCUACAUCGAGCACCUUCUUGGGCAAGUGCGAGGAAAUAGCUUGAGCCACUCGGAUCGAGAGACUAUCGAGGGCUACUUAGAAGACAGUAAUGUCAUCUGGGGAAGUGGAUUGCCUGCUGAAAGACUACGCCGACGCCGUCAACGCGGCGAGACCGUCAGCUUCAACGAGAUGGCGCACGAGAUCGCUGCUAGUGGAACGAUCAUAGUACACGAUGUCGAACUUAUGGCCGGCGCUUUUCAGACGAGCUCGCAUAUCAGACGACGUUCUGGCACUACCCUCUCCGAGCAGCUACGAAUGCUGUACAGACUGCAAAGAGGCGAGCGCACCUCUGAGGACCGAGCAGUGUUGGUGCGUAUGCUGCAAAACGAGUCGACUUUCGCUCGUGCCAAACACGUCGUUGAAGAACAAUCAAUUCCAUCCGCCGCAUCUGGCAACGCAGCUGAGCUGGAUCGAGAACGUCAGCAGGCAGCACGCGAGGGUGACCACUCUCGAACGGAACUGGAUGCUCAGAGAAGAGCCACGCAAACCCUCGCACUCGCAGCAGGAAGAGUCGCAAUGCAAGCCACUCCAGCUGAAUUGAUAGAACGUAUGGCCAACCGCGACGAAGCUACAAGAGCAGCCUAUGAACGCCUGCAAGCGAAUGGUUUUGCCCCGACCGCCAUGGGUGGGGCCCAGCCCUAUCGACCCUUGAGCAUCGACGACUUCAUCGGUGGCCGUUCUGACUCCGAUACAGACUCGGACGAUGAGGCGAAGGGACUAGAUGCCAGAAACACAGGACGUCCUACAGAGCCACUGGCCGAAGAAGACUUGAACGUUAGGCUUGAUUGUCAAGUCUGUUACACGCAGCUUGCGGAUAUCGCAUGCCUGCCAUGCGGCCACUUGGUGAUGUGCCAAUGGUGCAGCGACCAGCAUUCUCCCACUAUGCCGCACGAUCGAACACGUCCCCGAAGAGCUGCGGCAUGUCCCGUAUGUCGAAAGCAGAUUCGACAAAAAGUUCGGGUAUUCAGACCUUGAAGUCAUGAUGAGAUACGACGUAAGGAUCAAGACUCGUAUCUGCGAAAUCUGAGCACUCAUGUAUGCUCCUGGUAAUAUACACGACAGUGAUGCGUACUGUCGACCGAUAGAUACCCAAUAAUGAUACAAAUCAUACUCCAUUACACGACGUUUCCUCUCUCUCAGACUGGCCCUUCAGACAUCUUUACCGUCCUUUCCCAGUCUCCUCAACCUCCCCAG